GAUAUCUUACCGGCGAUCAACUCAAGAGUGAAUCCUCCUUGGAUACAUAUGCUCGAGUUUUGCUUAUGGGAUGUAGAUGUGUUGAACUUGACUGCUGGGAUGGACAAAAGAAAAGUUCAGGUGAAAUACAAGAUAUUGUUAUUUAUCACGGUUACACAAUGACUAGUAAAAUCAGUUUGCGUGAUGUGCUUUACACCAUUCGUCAUUAUGCUUUUAUCAACAGCGAGUUUCCAGUGAUUCUCUCGAUUGAAAACAAUUGUUCAGUACCGGUGCAACGCCUACUUGCUCGUGAAAUUAGAGAAAUUCUUGGUGAUUAUUUACUCACAGCUCCAGUUAGUCGCGAAGAAACUUAUUUACCAUCUCCAGCAGCUCUGAAGCGAAAAAUUAUCUUAAAGCAUAAGAAAUUGCCGACGGAAAGUGAAGACAUUGUUUUACAGCAAGUUGAUGAAGAUCAGGAGCAAGAUUUGCUUUCGCUGAAUUUUACUCGGCAAGGAAUUCUCUCCUUGAAAAGCGGAGAUUGGACAACUCAUUUAUUUGUAUUGUUUCCGGAUCGUUUAUGUUAUAUGCUGGAACAGUGCGAAAGUAAUAUUAACAAUCAUGGGAUUUUGAGACGUCAGGAGUCAUUAGCAAAUGCACAAGAUGAUGAAAAUCAGGAUGGUUUGACAAACGCGACAGGUUUCGGUGUUCCUCCAGAAGAAAUACAUGUUACGGAAGAGUGGUUUCAUGGGAAAACAGAUCGAGAUACAGCAAGAAUGCGUCUUUUAGAACACAGAGAUAAAGGCAAUGGUCUUUUUUUGGUUCGCGAUUCGACUAUUUUCAUUGGCGACUACUCCUUAUCAUUUUUACAUAAUGAAAAAGUACAUCACUGUCGAAUACGCACCAGGAUGGUGAAUGGUGAAAGAAAAUAUUAUUUUUUGGAAAAUAAGCAAAUGGAUACACUUUAUGAGCUUAUAUCGCACUAUACGAAGGAAAGAUUAAGGACGCCGAAUUUUAGUACGACAUUGGUGACUCCAUGUCCGCAGCCUUGUCCCCAUCUGGGAAUGAUGCAAGUUUUGCAUUAG